AUGAUGAGCUUCAAGCCUAGAAUGCGUCUCUUCUCUGUCCUGCGCUCUGCCCCAGCAGCUCGCCGCCGCUUUGCGACCGAGGCGCGGUUAACCUCGGACCAUGUUCGCAUCGUCGAGGUCGGCCCACGAGACGGCCUUCAGAACGAGAAGAAGUCCAUCCCGCUCGAAACCAAACUCGAGCUCAUCCGGAGACUGGCCAAGACGGGCGUGACGACAAUUGAGGCUGGAUCUUUUGUUCCUGCGAAAUGGGUGCCUCAGAUGGCUAGCACAGCGGAGAUCUGCGAGCACCUGCUGCAAACACCGCCGGAGUCGGCCAACGUCAUUGCGUACAACUACCUGGUCCCGAACGUCCGGGGCCUCGAGAACCUUAUCAAGGUCCUGGAUGCCACCGGCGUCCCCGCUGACGCUCCGACGACCACGACGGAGAUCUCCUUGUUCGCGGCCGCGACGGAGGCCUUCUCAAAGGCGAACACGAACUGCACGAUCGACGAGUCGCUGGAGCGCGUGCGGCCCGUGGUCGCCCUGGCGAAGACGCGCAACAUCCGGGUGCGUGGCUACGUCUCGGUGGCGCUGGGGUGUCCCUACGAAGGGCCUGAGGUGUCGCCCGUCAAGGUGGCAGACAUCACGCGCUCGCUGCUGGAGAUGGGCGCCGACGAGGUCUCCGUGGCGGACACCACGGGCAUGGGCACCGCGCCCCGCACGAUGGAGCUGCUGCAGGCGCUUCGCGCGGCCGGCAUCGCCAGCACCGACCUCGCGUUGCACUUCCACGACACCUACGGCCAGGCCCUGGUCAACACGAUCGUGGGGCUGGAGCAUGGCAUCCGCAUCUUCGAUAGUAGCGUCGGCGGGCUCGGCGGCUGCCCCUACUCCAAGGGCGCCACGGGGAAUGUCUCGACGGAGGAUAUGGUGCACACAGUCCACAGUCUGGGGAUGAAUACGGGGAUCAACCUGGAGGAGAUGGCAAGGAUCGGGGCGUGGAUCAGCGGGGAGCUGGGGCGGUUCAAUGAGAGCCGGGCCGGGAAGGCGAUUUUGGCGAGGAAAGACGAACCAUCAAUGCUGCCUCUCCCCGGAGCGCCAUCUUCGUCAUGGUCCCAGUUUCGUGGACGCCUUGCGGCUCUCUUCCAUGGAGCUGAUCCAAGAGUCUGUGUGGCAUUUUGGCUCUUCGGCUUGAUCAACAAUGUCCUCUAUGUCAUUAUUCUCUCUGCUGCCCUGGAUCUCGUCGGCCCCGACCUGCCGAAAGGCGUGGUGCUGCUCGCCGACGUGAUCCCCUCCUUCGGCACCAAGCUGGUCGCUCCGUAUUUCAUCCAGGCGGUGCCGUAUCCCGUAAGGGUCUUGGUAUUCGUCACCUUCUCUACCACCGGCAUGCUGCUCGUUGCCUUGAGUCCGGCCUACACGGACGGCGGCCCGAUUGCCACCAAGAUCGCAGGCAUCAUUUUGUCGAGUAUGUCCAGCGGAGGAGGCGAACUUUCCUUCAUCGCUCUCACGCAUCACUACGGCCCGUUCAGUCUGGCUUCUUGGGGCAGUGGCACGGGUGCUGCAGGCUUGGUGGGUGCUGGCGCAUACGCUUUAGCCACCACCUCUUUCGGCUUCAGCGUCAAAGCAACUCUUCUGGCCUCGGCGUGUUUGCCGGCGGUCAUGGUUCUUAGUUUCUUCACGAUUCUACCACAGUCCCCGGUGCGCUCGUUCUCGGCGCGGAGGACAGGCUACGGUUCUCGGGAGGAGCACACGGCCGAUGACAUUGAUGAGAGGGAGCAGUUGCUCGACGAAUCGACCGAUGAGAGUCAGAUCCAGAAAAAGCCAGCUUCUAACGAUACUGGCCUUGGAUGGCAGGCGUUUAAGGCUAACUUACAGCGAUCUAAGGGACUAUUUCUUCCAUUUAUGCUCCCACUGUUGCUGGUCUAUGUCGCCGAGUACACCAUUAAUCAAGGUGUCGCACCGACGUUGCUUUUCCCUCUCCAAGACUCCCCCUUCGACCACUAUCGCGCAUUCUACCCAGCAUAUAAUGCGAUCUACCAAGUUGGGGUCUUCAUCUCCCGGUCUUCGACCCCUUUCUUCCGCGUUCAUAGUUUGUACUUUCCGUCUUUCUUACAAUUCCUCAACCUAAUCAUCUUGACGCUACACUCGCUAUUCAACUUCAUCCCCAGCGUGUGGUUGGUAUUUGGGGUUGUUUUCUGGGAAGGGCUUUUGGGCGGCCUUGUCUAUGUCAGCACUUUCGCUGAGAUUGCCGAUCGGGUGCCGGUGGAGGAACGGGAAUUCUCGCUGGGAGCCACGACGGCGAGUGACUCGGGCGGCGUCUGCAUUGCUGGGUUUAUCAGCAUGGCGUUUGAGAGCCGGUUAGACCACCUUUUGGGAAGGCCGUCCACCAAAUUCCGAAAGAUCCAGGUCCUGGCUGUAUUCGCAUUCUGGUCGCUAUAUUUAACAAGGGGAAACAAGCAUGGCCCACCCGUUGUUCGCAAACUCUCCUCCCGCCUCACGGAAAAGCUCAGCGUCUGGCAAACCACGGUCAUCGUCUUCCUCUGGCUCUAUGUUAGUCGUAACUUUGCGAAGAUAGUCGGCCUCGAGUGUCCAGAGCCCCUGGCAAAUUUAUACUCACGCUCUUUCUUCCGAGCGACAUGGAUCGCCACCGCCUUGGACGCUGGUUUCUGGACCGCGAUGAAAGUCAAACCCAAGUGGCUGCGGGAGAUAGCGUCGCUGGUCUUCACUGUAUACUAUCUCAUUGCCGCAGAGAGGGCGGAUGAAAAGGUCCGUCGGGUCCGGGCCACGCUGACGCUGGACCACAUGCGGGUCUCGUGGAACAAAGGGACUUCGCCGUAUCUCUGGGCCCUAGCGAGCCUGACACGGCCCAGACUCACCAAAUAUGCGCCGCGGGCGAUUCGCAUUCCUCGACCGGCGUCUUCGAUAUAUGACCAGCCGACGAAUGCGUGGCUGUAUUUUGACGGCCCUUUGAGUGCGCUGCGGGAUCAGACAUGCAUUGUUUUGGACAUCCCCGGCGGGGGGUUUGUGUCUAUGAGCCCUCGGAACUCGGAGGAUAGGUUGUUGAGUUGGGCCGCGCGGACAAAGGUUCCUAUCCUUAGCCUGGACUAUAAGAAGGCGCCGGAGUAUCCCUAUCCGUACGCCUUGAAUGAAUGUUACGACGUGUACCACACAAUUGUGUCCACCCGUGGCCGCUGUAUUGGACUCAAUGGACAAACCCAUCCUCGAAUUGUCAUCACCGGGGAUAGCGCUGGCGCAAACCUCGCUGUAGGCAUGACGCUGAUGGUCCUCCAGUCGGGCAGUGCGGAUGCGUCACUCUGGCAAGGGCAGAACGUCCUCCCACGACCGGACGGGCUCGUUCUAGCCUACCCUGCUUUGAACAUGAAGAUCGAAAGCUGGAUGACGGAGGAGCAGAUGGCGCUGAUCCAGGAGAAAAGCACCCGUCGGACCAACCAGAACGUUUUGCAGCGCAAGAACAUGGACUAUCAGCGCCUGACGCCCUACACCUCUCCCGGUACAUCGUUUGCCGACCUACAGCAAGACUCGUGCUCCGAUUUGGAUCUUGAGGCCAACAACCUCGGCGAAAAGACGACGCGCAGACUGGCCCAGCACCCGCACAAAUCCGCCAUGCUGGGUCAAGAGGCCGAGGCCGCCGCCGUCGCCGAGCACCAGCCCAAGCAGAUCCGCACUCGCCUAGCGGUAUCAUCGGUGAUUUCGUACGUCCAGGACCGGAUCCUCACCCCGGAGAUGAUGCGAGCAAUGAUCAUUCUCUACAUCGGACCGCAUAACCGCCCCGACUUCAACACAGACUAUCUCCUCUCCCCGACCCUCGCGCCGGAGGCGAUCCUUGCGCGCUUCCCGAAGACGUACAUCAUCACCGGCGAACGCGAUCCUUUGGUCGACGACACAGUGAUAUUCGCCGGGCGCCUCCGUCAAGCAAAACUACGACACUUCCAAGAACGACAGGACCUCGGCCUUGAGAAAUCCCACCGCGCCUUCAACGACAAGGACCACGUCGAGGUCUCCCUGCUGCCCGGCAUCUCGCACGGCUUCAUGCAGAUGGCCGGCUUUUUCCCCGAAAGCUGGAAACACAUCAACCGAUGCGCCACCUGGAUCAGCGAGCUGUUCGCCUUGUCGGAGACCAAGACCGCCUCCUCCUCGAGCCUGUUACAAUCACUCCACGAUCUCAACCAACCAGCCAAGAAGAAACCCCCUUCACUCCACAGCUUUCAGCACCUCCUCACCCACCGCACCCGCACCCGCAACCACAGACGCCGGCUAACAGGCGAAUCCUCCGCCGACGAAGACAAACCCCUAGAGAUGAGCAUCACCAAACUCACCCCGCUCACCCCGCUGGGCAGCAAAGCCGGGGGGAGGUCCAGCUCCACCGGCCCACAACGUCCCGAUGACGACCACGACGAAGCAUCCAUCAACAGUCACAAUCACUCCCAGUCCCAGCCCCAAUUAGUACCAAACGGAAAUAUCAGUAACCCCGAACGCCUCCGCAGCGUCUCCCGCGGCCGCUCUCUUAAGUCCCCUGCCGUCGGGACCAGAAAGCCGCAGCGACAGCAGCACCGCGUCCCCGCCAAACUAAGUCUCCCGCCGGAGGAUUCCGAGUGCGAGGAAGAGGAAGAAGAGGGAUAUGUCUCCGACUACUUCCAGAGUGCCGUGGCGAUCAUCCCCCUGCGCGAGAGGAAUCGGAGCAUGAACAGCCUGGCGAGUGAGGAGGAUCUGUUGGAUCGGCGGAUGACGGGGCUGGCCGGGGGGUUGAUGGGGAUCGGGGAGGGGGCUCGGACGCCGUAG